AACAACGUGGGUUUGACACCGGUGGACGCUGACCAGCUUGUCUUGCUGAAUUUUCUUCUAAUACGUUAAGAUGCCUGAGCCAGAACAGAUGGAUGAUGGUGAAGUUGAGACCUUUGCCUUCCAGGCUGAGAUUGCCCAGUUGAUGAGCUUGAUCAUCAACACAUUCUACUCCAACAAAGAAAUCUUCUUGAGAGAAUUGAUUUCCAAUGCUUCAGAUGCCCUUGAUAAAAUCAGAUAUGAAAGUCUUACAGAUCCAUCAAAAUUGGACUCUGGGAAAGAUUUGGAAAUCCGCAUAAUUCCAGACAAAGAAAACAAAACACUUACCAUCAUUGACACAGGAAUUGGAAUGACAAAAGCUGAUUUAGUAAACAACCUUGGAACCAUUGCCAAAUCUGGUACCAAAGCCUUCAUGGAAGCUCUGCAGGCUGGAGCUGACAUUUCUAUGAUUGGUCAGUUUGGUGUGGGAUUUUACUCUGCUUACUUGGUUGCUGACAGAGUUGUGGUGGAGACCAAACAUAAUGAUGAUGAGCAGUACAUAUGGGAAUCUGCUGCUGGUGGCUCCUUCACAGUCAGAACUGCUGCAGAGAAUACACUUGGUCGUGGGACUAAGAUCACACUUUUCCUCAAAGAGGAUCAAACUGAAUAUUGCGAGGAGAAGAGAAUCAAAGAAGUAGUAAAGAAACACAGCCAGUUCAUUGGAUAUCCCAUCAAACUCCUAGUGGAGAAAGAGCGUGACAAGGAAGUGUCCGAUGAUGAAGAGGAGGAAGAGAAAAAAGAGGAAGAUAAGGCAGAGAAAGAAGAAGACAAACCCAAGGUGGAAGACCUAGACGAGGAUGAGGAAGAUGACAGCAAAGACAAGGAUAAAAAGAAAAAGAAAACCAUCAAGGAAAAAUAUACCGAGGAUGAGGAGCUGAACAAAACAAAGCCCAUCUGGACCAGAAACCCAGAUGACAUUACCCAGGAGGAAUAUGGCGAGUUUUACAAGUCCCUUACCAAUGAUUGGGAGGACCACCUGGCUGUUAAGCACUUCUCAGUGGAGGGACAAUUGGAGUUCCGAGCUUUAUUGUUCAUCCCAAGGAGAGCUCCAUUUGACUUGUUUGAAAACAAAAAGAAAAAGAACAACAUCAAAUUGUAUGUGCGCAGAGUCUUUAUCAUGGACAAUUGUGAAGAACUCAUUCCUGAGUACCUGAACUUUGUUAGGGGUGUUGUGGAUUCUGAGGAUUUGCCACUGAACAUUUCCAGAGAAAUGCUCCAACAGAGCAAAAUUCUCAAAGUGAUUAGGAAAAAUCUUGUGAAAAAAUGUCUGGAACUGAUUGAAGACCUGACAGAGGACAAAGACAACUACAAGAAAUUCUAUGAACAGUUUGCUAAAAAUUUAAAGCUUGGUAUUCAUGAGGAUUCCACAAACAGGAAGAAACUGGCAGACUUCUUGAGGUAUUAUUCAUCACACUCGGGUGAUGAAAUGACAUCCCUGAAAGAAUACGUCUCCAGGAUGAAAGAAAAUCAGAAGAGCAUCUACUACAUCACAGGAGAGAGCAAGGAGGUGGUACAGAACUCAGCAUUUGUGGAACGUGUUAAGAAGAGGGGAAUGGAAGUGAUUUACAUGGUAGACCCUAUUGAUGAAUAUGCUGUACAGCAGCUUAAGGAGUACGAUGGAAAGUCCCUGGUAAAUGUCACCAAGGAGGGUCUGGAACUCCCAGAGGAUGAGGAAGAGAAAAAGAGAUUUGAGGAGCAAAAAGCUGAGUAUGAGGGGCUUUGCAAAGUUAUGAAGGAAAUCCUGGACAAGAAAGUUGAGAAGGUGGUUGUAUCUAAUCGUUUGGUAACAUCACCUUGCUGUAUUGUAACCAGUCAGUAUGGUUGGUCAGCAAACAUGGAGAGAAUCAUGAAGGCCCAAGCACUACGCGACUCCAGUACCAUGGGAUACAUGGCUGCCAAGAAGCACCUUGAGAUCAACCCUGAUCACUCCAUCAUCAAGUCCCUGAAGGAAAAGGCUGAGGCUGACAAAAAUGACAAGUCUGUAAAGGACUUGGUCAUGUUGCUGUUUGAAACUUCUCUUCUUGCAUCAGGCUUCAGUCUGGAGGAGCCAGGAACUCAUGCCAGCAGAAUCCACCGAAUGAUCAAACUUGGUCUUGGCAUUGACGAGGAAGAAAUGCCUGAGGCACAGGAGGCCACCCCUGAAGAGAUGCCCCCACUGGAAGGCGAUGAAGAUGAUGCUUCAAGAAUGGAAGAAGUGGAUUAAAAAUUGAAGGUGAACAUGACUGUGUGAAAAAAAUCGUGAAAAUGUGACUGUGAUAGAAAGCAAGGGAAACGUUUUGUUAAGUUAUCAUUGGACUUCAUUCCCAUCCCAUCAAACUUCAUGUUUUACUUUUAGAAUAUUAAACUUGACAUGCGUAAAAAACUUUUGUUUGUAUGAUCAUGAUUGUACCAGUGUUAUCUAAUCGUAAAUUUGUUUUUUUCAAAAUAAAUGAUUGAAUACGAGA